UCUCAACCUCGUCCGCGUUGGUCAUCUUCUCUCUACCGCCCACUUUCUCAGUCCGCUCAUUCUUCAUCAACAUGUCUGACGUCGAGAAGGCUAACUCCACCCACCAGAUGUAUGACAGGCAGACAAAGCCCAGUGCCCCUCCCCCAACCCGUAUCGCCAACCCAGGUGCACUCGGUCUCUUCUCCUUCGCAUCCACGACUUUCAUUCUCUCUCUCUACAACCUCAACGCGCGUGGAGUUGUAGCCCCCAAUGUAGUCGUCGGUAUGGCCUGUUUCUGUGGUGGUCUUGCUCAGCUUCUCGCUGGUAUGUGGGAGUUUCCGCGCGGCAAUGUAUUUGGUGCAACAGCUUUCACAUCCUAUGGCGCGUUCUGGAUGUCAUUCGCCACUAUCUACCUACCCAACUCUGGAAUUAUCGCCGCAUACGGGGACAAUGUUGACGAACUUAAUCAGGCAGUCGGCAUUUACCUGAUCACAUGGUUUAUGGUCACCUUCUUACUCCUGAUCGGAGCGCUACGCCGUAACAUCAGCUUCAUUGCGCUCCUCUUCUUCUUGUGUAUCACCUUUAUACUCCUCGCGGCGGGUGCCUGGACAGCCAAGCUCAACAUCACAAAGGCUGGUGGCGGAUUCGGCAUCCUUACCGCAAUGAUUGCAUACUACUGCGGUCUUUCCGAGUUGCUAGUCAAGGGAGAGAGCUGGUUUGGCCUUCCUAUGGGAAUUAUCAAGCAAGGACGCGUGGACUGAGCGCCGGACUGAUCAGUCUGCGUGGGAUAGAUAGUUACUGAACAUCUUGCAUCGUGGACACCUAUCUUCGCGUCUUUCCCUCAAAAAUAGUUAGCAUUCGAUCACUCCACCCCACCUACGUAUUGUCCUUUCAUACCCUGCGAUACCACCCUCCAAUCUGACAACCCAUUUCGCAAUACUAUUCCUUACGGUCCUCAACCUGUAUAGAUCACUCCUUUGGCUUUGGAUUCCCUUGUGUCCGCCUUUCAACCAUUUUUUACCAUAUUUAAUCAUUCGCAGCGGCGAUUGAACAAUUGCGAUGGAAUCGCGCACUUGCAAGUAUCGGAUG